AUGUUCAUCAAGACAGUCAUCACCCUUCUGUCUCUCGCCGCCCUCGGAGGAGCUACUGAUCCUCCCCAAGGCGAAAAACACUGCGAGAAGGAAGACAUCUUCCCCGACUUUGAAAACUACGAAAAAUGGGCCAUCUGCAAGGAGCAAAUCACCACAAAGCGCUUCCCAACCCUCCAAGCCCCUACCGGCGGUUGUGUCCGCUACUACCGAGGCAUUGAUAUGACCGGCGUUACCACUGAGCUACACUUUUACUUUAAGGACGGCUUCAAAUCAGCCUGUGACUGCGCCGCGAAAUGCCUGGAACUAUCAAACAUUUGUGAUAAUUGGGUUUGGAAACACACCUUCAUGGAGGGUGAUGGCGGCAAGAGGUCGUGCACGCUCUAUAGCAGUCCCAACUUGCCGUCUAACGUGACGCUUGCGUAUGAUUUGGCGAACAGCAUUGGCAUCCAGCCGCUGGAUCCUGCGAAUAAUCCCCAAGCAGGGGCCCCUUCGCCGUUUACAUUCCUGGAUGCGAAUCUGACGAAGCGGGAUCCAUUUGGCGUGUCUGGGUUUACGGCAAUCGAUGAGGAUGGUGGGCUUUAUUGUUAA